GGUGAACGCUGUCACAGUAUAAUAUAUUGGAUUCAUAUACUUAAUGUUCAAGUGCAUGUCAAGCUCAUCAACAUCCGUAUAAACGUCAUUUAGAUCAGUUAAGCUAAACAAAAUAUGAAUUCGUUCAAAGACGAAGUUGUGAUAUCGGGCAUAAGCGGAAAGUUUCCUGAGUGUAAUGAUGCAGACGAACUCAAAUCUUUAUUAUUCAAUAAAGUUAAUGGUGUGACUGACGAUACAAGAAGAUGGAUUCAGAAAAAUAAUCAUAUACCUACAGCAACUGGUAAAAUUAACAAUAUUGAUGCGUUUGAUUCAAUAUUUUUCAAAGUUCAUUCAAAACUUGGAGCCGUUAUGGACCCUGCGGCAAGACUCUUAAGUGAGCGAGCGGUAGAAGCAAUCAUCGAUGCAGGCAUUAGUCCCAAUGAUUUAAGUGGAACGAACACGGCCGUAUUUACGGGUUCAUUUUUUAGUGAAUGUGAAUCUUCAAUAACAAGAGAAUAUAAAUCAACAUUUUAUAUAUUGGGAACUGCUAGAACAAUGCAAGCCAAUCGCAUUUCAUAUACACUUAAUUUAAUAGGUCCAAGUUUUGCAAUGGUGAGUGGAUCCCAAAGCUUGAUGCUGGCCAAACAAAUGAUCGAAUGUGAGUAUAUCGACUCAGCAAUUAUUGGAGUAUCCAAUUUUAAUUCUGAGUUUGUGGCGCAUCAACAAUUCGAUAAGCUGACCAGUUUGACGAAAACAACCCAAACAAAAUCGUUUAGCGCCGACGCUGAUGGAUACAAUAGAUCAGAAGCGUGUAUUGUACUUUUACUGCAAAGAGCAUCACAGGCAAAACGUUCGUAUGGUACGAUAUUGAGUGCAAAAGCGAUGCAGUUUGGCGAUCACCAAGGACAUAUCACCAAACAUUCUAAAGACAAUUUAAAAUCAACCAUACUGAAAGCAUACAAAGAAGCUAAAGUGGAUCCAUCUACUGUACAUUUCAUAGAAGCAAACGGGUGUGGGAUCAAAGCUGAAGACGAACUAGAGCUUAACGUGAUGGAAGAAAUAUUUUGUACCAACCAACGAAAGACACCGUUAAAAAUAGGGUCUGUAAAAAGUAACAUUGGUCAUACCGAAGAAGCUAGCUUAUUUGCAUCGAUCAUCAAAGCCAUUCUAACGUUUGAAAAUGGUUACAUACCGCCAAAUAUCAAUUAUUCGACACCAAAUUUAAAUAUUAAAUCUAUAAGGAACGGAAAGAUGCAAGUGGUUACACAGAAGACACAUUUCAACGAUGAUAUAAUCGGAAUAACUUCUUUUGGUUUUUCUAACGAGUUUAAUCACGUUAUACUUAAAAGAAAUAAUAAGAUAAACCCGAAUAAAUCAUCUGAAACUUUAAUACCGAAAUUAAUUUUGGCUUCUGGAAGAACGUAUGAAAAUGCUGUAGACACCAUAAAAAGGAUAUUUAAACAUGGAAAAAACAACGAAUAUAUUUCUCUAACACAAAACAUUUUUUCAAAAAUGAUACCAAACCACUAUCAUAGAAGCUAUGCUAUUUAUCCAAAUUUGAAUUCAGAAGAAAUUGGAGAUGCUUGGGACGUUACAUUAAAAAAACGACCAAUUUGGUUUGUAUUCUCCGGAAUGGGUUCGCAAUGGCCCGGGAUGGGAGCAGAUUUGAUGCGCUUGCCAAUAUUUGCCGAAUCUAUUAGAAAAAGUGACGUUGUGUUGCGGUCAAAAGGGAUAGAUAUCAUUGAUAUAAUAACAACAGUACAACCAAGUCUAUUCGAAAAUAUACUUAACUCGUUUGUGGGAAUAGCAGCAAUACAAUAUUAUUCAUAUUUUCAGAUAGCUUUAGUGAAUGUAUUGAAUGCGUUGGAAAUAGUGCCAGACGGUAUCGUUGGGCAUUCGGUUGGUGAACUGGGUUGUGCUUAUGCAGAUGGUUGUCUAACUGCCGAAGAAAUGCUGUUGGCUGCAUACGCACGUGGCGUUGCGUCUAUAGAAACAGAUUUAAUACCAGGAAUGAUGGCCGCCAUUGGUGUUGGUUAUCAAGGUAUAAAAAAUAGAUUGCCGGAAGAUAUUGACGUCGCUUGUCACAACAGUAAAUCUAGUUGUACUAUAUCAGGUCCAGUUGAAAGCGUUAAAAAUUUUGUCUCACACUUAACGUCUCAAGGUAUUUUCGCUAAAACAGUGAAUGUAGCAGGAAUAGCAUAUCACAGCAGAUACAUAAAACCAGCAUCUCCCGCUCUUCUGAAAUAUCUCAAAGAAGUAAUUAAAGAACCAAAGGAUAGGUCUACUAAAUGGAUAUGUAGUUCAAUUCCAGAGUCUGAAUGGAAUUCGAAUUUAGCCAAACAGUCUUCAGCUGAAUAUCACACAAAUAAUCUUUUAAGCAGUGUGUUAUUUGAGGAAGCUACGCGGCACAUACCCAACGACGCUGUUGUAAUAGAAAUCGCUCCACACGGUCUACUACAGGCAAUUUUAAAACGUUCUUUACCAGAGACAGUGACUAACAUACCGUUAACGAAAAAUGUUUUCGGUCAAUCUGUUCAAUUUCUGCUAAAAUCUAUUGGAAAAAUGUACGUCAACGAUAUUAAUCCAAAUAUCCAGGCACUUUACCCAUCAGUUUAUUACCCUGUAAGCCGUGGGACUCCAUUUCUUCAUACGAUUAAUUUGUGGGAUCAUUCAUUUCAGUGGCCUAAUAUUUAUAAGAAUAGCAUUGAGUUAAAUCGAAAGGCAGUGAUACUAUUGUCUUUGAAUGACAAUGCAAAACUAAUUCAACAUAAAAUUAAUGGACAUUAUGUUGUACCCGUUUCAUUCUUCUUGUUAAAAGUAUGGGUAAAGUUCAGUGAAAUACAUAUGAAAAACCCGUUUAAUGAUGCUAUUACUUUCCAAAACAUCAAAAUUAAACAAAAUAUUGAAAUCACACCAAACAUUACAGAUUCGUUGGAAAUAAUAAAUUAUAUGAUCCAAAGCUCUGGGUUCUUUGAACUUAACUUGAACGGCGCAAUUAUACUGACAGGUCAAAUAGAAUUCACGGAUAAAGAAUGCAUAUCUUCUCAAACAAUCUACCAAUCAAAUGAAAACUCUGAAUGGUCAAUAUCGAAAAAUGAAGUGUACGCCAUGUUUGAGGAAAAAGGUUACCAGUUAGGAGAACAUUUCAAGACAAUUAGCAAUGUAGAAAUAUUUAGAAAUGAAAUCCGUGCAAACAUAAAAUGGAAUAACGAUUGGCUACAUUUUUUGGACUCCUUAUUGAAAAUAUCACUGUUAGAAAAGCUGAAUGCUUCCAACAUUGAGACUCCAAAUUCAAUUCUAGAAAUUUGGAUUAAUCCUACAAUACUUGAGAAUUGCAAUGAUGAGAGUAUACCAACGUGUUACAACAAAUUAACAAAAGAAAUCGUUUGUGAUGGAGUUAAAAUAAGUAAUGUAAAAAAUAAGAAAUUAGAUACCUAUAAUCGAGAAUCGUUUACCUUGAGAUUAGAAAACAUUACGUUUCAUUUGUAUAAUCAGUGCAUUAAACAGGAUAUCAACAAUUGUAUUAAAGACUGUGUAGAAUUUUUGACUGAAAUUUAUAAAUUCGAUCAAAGUAAUACACGUCACAAGGUAAUUUUAUCAGCUCCAUAUGAGUACGAUGAUCCAUUUGUUAAGCUAUGUAAUGAUGCUUUGAAACACAUCUUGAACACCACCACAAACAUUGAUAACGUAUUCAUGAAUUGGGAGGACUUGACAAAACUUUCGAAUAAUAAGGAAUUAAGAUCAUACAUAACAGUAUCUAGUAUUAAUUAUUUACAAGAUUGUAUUAAGGUUUUAGCUAAUAGACCUAACUGUUAUAUAAUUAUCAUAUCAGCAAAGCGUAUAGAUGAUGUUAAGGGGUGGAUAAUGAUCAAAGAACAGAAAUUUGACAAAAAUUACGUAACAUUAAUAAAAAAGGUCAACAGUUUGAGCGAUGACAGUAUUUUUUUAAAGACAAACACUGGCAAAUUGGAUUCAAAAAUAUGGGAACAUAUAACCAAGUGUAAAUCAGAUAAAGGAAAAAUAUAUUUAUUAUCCACCUCUGUACCACCAGAAGGAAUCAAUGAAUACGUACUGAAAAUGUUUCAAACAUUUAAGACCCAGAAACUUAGAUUCGUUUUUAUUUUGGAUUCGGGGGCUCCGGAAUUACACACAAACAUAACCUUUUAUGUAGAACAAUUAUGCAAAGACUUGAUAAUAAAUACUUAUAAAAACGGAGGAUGGGGAUCAUAUAAAAAUGUAUUUAUCAAAAACAUAAAAACGGAUGAUCGUUGUUCUCGUCAACUAUUUCCCAUUAGUCAAAUUCCAAUAAAAAACACCAAUGGCCUGACUAUAAAAUAUCUCGGAAUAAAUCAUAAAAAUGUAGUCUUUGAGGACAACAAUACGGAAAAGGACAUUGGCCCACUCGAAUACUCGGGUAUUUCUAAAAAUGGCAAAGCUGUGAUGGGAAUUCUGUCUUAUAAUAAAACAGAAAAUAUUCUAACAAAAGACAAUCACUUGUCUUGGCCCGUACCACCAACUUGGUCGUUACAAGAUGCCGUUACAGUGCCAUUAUCGUACGCCGUGGCGUAUUAUGUGUUUAAUGUAUUAAGUAAGCUGGUCAGAUCAAAAUCAGUAUUAAUUACUUCUAGUACACAUCCCAUUGCAAUAGCAGCUAUUUCGAUUUGUUUAUCUGAAGGAUGCAAUGUUUUCGUUAUUGUUGAAAAUAAACAGCAAGUUGACUACCUCUCCAGUGUCUUCCCUUUGUUACGACGUUCAAAUAUAAUUAUAAAUGAAAGCAACAAUUUUGAUAUAUACAUAAAGAUGAUUACUAAAUCUAUAGGAAUAUUUCGAGUUUUUAAUUUCUUAGAAGGUGACGGUCUACAAGCUUCAAUACGUUCCGUUGCUGAGGAAGGAUAUUUCUUUCAGUUUUCUAAAUCUGAUAUGAUAAAACAGGAAAAAUUGGGAACAAGAAUAUUUUUAAAUGAACUAGCAUUUUAUUUUAUUACUUAUGACAUGCUUAUGACAGCUUGCGAUGAAGAAAAACUUAUUGUUCAAAAUGCAUUUGCGAAAGGUCUCGACCAGGGCGUAAUUCUAUCACUAAAUGGAAGCGUUGUAAAUAUGCCUUUGAACAGUGAAAAAUUAUUUGAUAACUUGAAUUCUACAUAUCCGAAAAAACUCAUUCUACCUUUAAACGACAACGAUAUAAAAUCAGGUUUUAUUGAGUGUGCGACAGGUGGUUUGUAUCAAUGUCAACUCGAUCGAGUAUAUGUUGUUAUAGGUAAUACAAAUGAAUGGUUGGACGUAGCUGAAUGGUUGGUUAACAGGGGAGCACGAAAAAUCACAAUAAUGUUAAACAAAUAUGUAUUGCCUCCGUCGGGGUGUAGAAGAUUUAACCAACUUUUAUCAAAGCACGUAGCAAUACACAUAGAGUCCAAUAUUUCAAUAACGUCAAAAGAAGACGCUUUGAAUUGGUUUAAUCGUUUGACAUCAUCAAAUCAAUUUGGAGGAAUAUUCUUAAUCGACCAAAAUGACGCUGAAAAAUUAAGUCAGUUUGGUUAUGCUUUUGAGAGGUUGAUCAAUAAAUCUAAAUCAGCUAUAUUUGUAUGUAUUUCUUGUAAAAGUGAGCACGUAUGUUCAGCACUAAAAUCGAAACGAUUGAACGCUUUGAAUAUGCAAUGGAGUGCAAUGGCAAAAAAACAUCAGUUUAUUCCGUCAUUGUUGUCAACGUUGGAUUCACUACUCAUAAAAGUUCAAGACAUCAGUUCCGAAACUUUUACAUUUGUUAAAGAAAAUACUGAUCAGUUGGAAGGUGACUUAAAUAAUAGUAAUAGUUUAUGCGAAAUGCCCGAUUCCGUUGAUGAGUUACUUGAAUUUGUCAAUAAAUUGAACUACGAAGCAGACUUUAUAGAAAAGCAGACCAAGAGCCCAAGAUACUCGCAGGUUAAAGGAGUGGUGCCAGUGUUCAUGAUACCGGGGUUUAAAUCAAAAGCUAUUGAAUUUUUGUAUACAAAACUGUAUUAUCCUACAUUUGAAGCACGGAUUCCAAAACAAAUUAGUUCAAUUAACGACCUUGCUCAAUCUCUCGUUACAAAAUUGAAAAGAAUUUGUAAUCACAGUAUGGUUUCAUUGAUCGGAGAAUCAUGGGGCGGAAUCAUUGCUUUGAAAAUGGCUCAGAUUUUAGAAGCUCAAGGAAUAUUAGUCUCCGUGUGUUUACUAGAAGGAGAUCCAGAUACUGUUUAUGGAUGGGCAAAUGAGAUCAUUUCUAAUCCACUUAAUAAAGAUAUUCUAGAAAAAAAAUAUUUAUUGCAUUUGAUUAAGACUAAUGCCACAUCACCAUUGAAUAUUAAUGAUUAUAAAUCAUAUUUUUUGAACGAGCCACCAUAUAACAAUGUUAAAGAAAACACAAUUAUAAAAGCACUAAAUACAACAUUGUCACUACUAAAAACAUUAGUAAAUUCAGAACCACUACCUUAUAAAUUGGAAGCAAGAGUACAAAUAUUUAAGUUUAACAGGCUAUACAACUAUGAAUCAUCAAUCAUUUAUGAAUACUGUAAUUCUCCACCUGUCAUAAAAAUCAUCAAAGAAUCAGAUUCAUCAGGACUUCUUAACAAUAAAAUAUUUUGCAGAGAUAUAAACGACAAAAUGGGAUUCAUCCCAAACGUUGACGAGAAAUUACCAGUCCUCGAAAGAUAUAAUAAAUUAAGUUUAAAAAAUGAUGAAAUCUAAUUUUAUUAUGAUUUUUUUUUAGAACUCAUGUUUUUUAUUUGAUCAAGUAUUAAUUUCACAUUCAUUUUGCCUUUUAAGCACUCUUGUUAACGUAUACCGAUUUGUUAAAUUUCGUAUUCCUAAAUA